AUGGAACCCAGCGGUCGUAAGUUUUCCUCCCAAACUAUGAUCGGCUUGAUACCAUGGUACUGUCCCCCCAAGCUUGCCCUGCAGUCUGACACUGUAUACUACUUAACUUGUAAUAUUUCCCCCCCUCCCCUCUUUCCAACCUUCAUACCCAACAUGCCCUUGGAUCUAGAUCUUGAUAUUGCACCUGUCCCCCGCUCGCGGGAGGAGAAUCAGGAGAGAGCCUUUAUCGCCGCAUCCAGGCGCAAGGAUCGCAGCUUGGAUGCCAGGCUUGAAUCUGCCAACCGGGCUUCCAUGCUGCAUAAGAAACGCACCGGCAAAGCAUUUCAUAUCACUAAAGAAAUUGUGGAGAAAGAAGCCAUGUAUGAAGAGAUCGACGAGCGAUAUCAAGAGAAACGAAUCAAAAUGCUGCAAGCCCAAAAUAUGCAGAUUGAGGAACAAUUCCACCGCCAUCUUCUGGAUGCAUUUGCCAAACGAGCCAGCUAUUCGAACAGGUCGUCUUCAAUUGCCAGCCGCCGAGCGAGCAACAUGACCCCGCUUCCUUCGGCCGACGCCUCCCGCAAAAUGAGCCUGGAUUUAUCUCACCUGCGAUCCGCAUCCUUCUCUCAAGGACCAGGGUCAAUGGGUAGUCCAGCACAUACAACCGAUGGAUAUGUCCUCUCCCCGACAGUUUCAUACGACCCCAACAGCCAGCCCUAUAUGAACUGCAUGAAUGGCCCCGAAAGCCCGUACGCCAAUAUGGUCCCUGUGUCUGCAGCAGCCUCCUCCCACAUCCCCGAAUACGUUCAAACCCCCAACUGGACGCAAUUCCCCAACUGGUCAAUGGCGCAGCAGAUCCCAACCCCCGGGGAUACCCCGACAGAGGCACAAGCCGUGCAGAUGUGGCAGCAGCAAAUGAUGCAACAGGCCUCGGAGCCUGUCCAAAUGCGUCAGUUCAGAGACCGGCUCGCUUCUGCCCCAGAGUUACCUCUGCAGCACCAGGCUCCACCCUCCAUCCCUCCCGGCCCCACUCCUCCAACCCACGGUCACAGUCGCGGCCAGUCCCAGCCCUCUUCUUCCUUCAAUCUGAAUCUGCUCACCCAGAGCACCCACUUACAUGCAAAUGCCGUCUCACCUAAAGUCGAGGCCUUUUCGACAGAGUCCCACUCCACCCCGGACUUCUGCCCAACUCCUCAUACUCCAGUGUCACCCACCAACCCGGCCCAGAAGGUUGAGGCAGACUUUGUCUCUGGGCAAAUGGAUCCAGAUUAUACGGAUUUCAGCCAAUUUGCUUUCAACCUAGGAACCACCGGUCUGCCGCACGAGCGGGAGCAACCAUUCGGAUUCGAUGAUUAUAUUGCCGUGGAUGAAUUUACCAGCGUUUCCUGCUGA